CAAGAAUGUUUGUUUCACGACUGGGAAAGCGUUCACACGUCACACUUGAGAAUGGGAGACAACAGGAAAAAGUCGUCCCUCCAUCACCCAUAUAUUUCCCGUGCAGCAGGGAACACCAAUGUAAAAACAAUGCGAAAGUCGUAAAACUUAUCGGAGUUGACACAAAUUGUGUAUGCAUUUGUCAAACAGGCUGGACUGGACAAUUUUGCAACAUUUCAACUCAGACGACGUCAAAAUUCGAAAACGAUAAAACAUGGGCAAAUAUAGAAUUUAUCUCUACUUGGAUAGAGAAACUGUUUGAUGGCUCAGUAAAGACUAGACGUUCGUCUUCAUCCACAAAUGAUAUAUUGAAAAAUAUAUAGUAUAAACUAGGUUGAAAAAUGAUUAUACUGUACAACCUGAAGUAGUGAUUUGCAAUUUUUUAUUUUAAAUGUAAGUUUAAACGUUCUACUUAGCAUACCUUUAAGUCAAAGUUUUAUAAAUUGCC